AGUAGAAUCACUCCACGGCUCCACCAAAUUAUCUCUUCUUCUUUCAUCUCCAGCACCCAAAAUUCAGAUUUUUCAUCUGAGGUGGGAAACCAAACCCAAGACCUUCGAGAGGAGGAGCUUAGAAACUGCUUAUCCUGGAAGAUUGAGACGCUCGCCAGAAGACAACCCGUCCUCUCUGCCUUUCAGAGCUGGAUUGGCGAUGGAUUUCCCGUUCACAGAGGCGAUAUCUUCCACGCCGUUAAUCGACUGAGGAAACUCAAUAUGAAUAAACGCACCCUUGAGGUAAUGGAAUGGGUGAUUAGGGAAAGACCCUACAAGUUGAAGGAGCUCGAUUACUCUUAUCUGUUGGAGUUCAAGAUUAAGCUUCAUGGGAUAUCGCAAGGUGAGCGUCUUUUCUCCCGUGUCCCUCCCGAGUUUCAGAAUGAGUUGCUCUACAACAAUCUUGUCAUGGCCUGCUUGGAAAAGGUCGCCAUCAGGCUGUCAUUGGCAUACAUGAAGAAGAUGAGGGAACUGGGACACCCUAUCUCUCCCUAUGUCUUCAAUCGCCUCAUAAUCCUCCACUCCUCCCCUAGCCGCAGGAAAGCCAUCCCAAGAAUCCUCACUCAAAUGAAGGCUGAUGGCGUUGUCCCUCACGUCUCCACAUAUAACAUUCUCUUGAAAAUUGAAGCUAACCAGCACAACAUUCAAGGUUUGACAAAGGUGUUUGAUGAUAUGAAACAAGCACAAGUCGAGCCAAAUGAAAUAACUUACUGCAUUUUGGCUACAGCCCAUGCCGUGGCAAGGUUAUAUGCCGUGUCUGAGGUCUAUGUUGAAGCAGUGGAGAAGGUGAAAACAGGGGAUAAUUGGUCAACCUUGGAUGUUCUACUUAUGUUAUAUGGCUAUUUGGGGAAGGAGAAGGAGCUUGAGUGCACAUGGGGUGUUGUACAACAACUCCCCCAUGUUAGAAACAAGAGUUUUGUGCUUUCCAUUGAAGCAUUUGGAAGAAUCGGACAGCUAAACCGAUCUGAAGAACUUUGGUUGGAAAUGAAGUCAAGUAAACAAUUGAGGUACACUAAGCAAUACAACUCCAUUAUAUCUGUAUAUUGCAAACAUGGGCAUAUUGAUCAAGCAUCGGAAUUGUUCAAGGAAAUGGAGAUCAGUGUGUGCAAAGCGAAUGCAAUGAUGAGGAAUUUCCAAGAUCCAAUGGGUCUCUGCCAAUCCCAAGUUGACUCAUCUAAUCUCAACCGAUGCUGGACAAGUUUGAGUGGAAACAGGUCUGGAAAGCCAUUCAUUCAAAACAGUGGUAAAAGCAUGGAUAGUCCCUCUGGUGUUGAAAGUCAAGCUACCAAGAGACUGAAGCUAGAAGAGGACCACCUACGGAAGCACGUCAGCAAGAACAAGAAGCCACUUCUCCACUUGAUCUUCGAGUAUCUUGACACCAAUUUGGAGAAGUUGAUCGAUUUUCACUACAUGGGACCCAGUCCCAGGCCCCUUCCUCCUUCUGUCAUUCAGGGUGCUAGCGGGAUGAUGAACCAGGGUCGUAACACUGAUAUCGUAGCUGAGGACCCCAAUAUGCUUGAGUUUAAAGAGGUUCCUAUUGUUAAGAGGUGCAAGCUUGUGGCUUUGAGCUGGGCUUGUUUGCACCAUGUAUUUUGA